UAGCUCCAGCCCUCAACCCCGGCCCUGCAGCCCCACGCAGCGUCUCCGUGGACCCCGCCAAAGCAGGUCCGCCCGAGUGAGGGCGCGCGUCUUCCGCAUCUUCGCAGCACCAGUUCCAACCCGGCAGCUGCCCCCACGGGGUGAUGAACCUACUGCAACCGCCGAACGACCGUCCCCGGGCUGAGUAUCCAUCCCCGCAAACUACCCCCGAGGGGCCGCUUCUUCGCCGCCCGUCGACCCGCCCAGGCAGCCUUGCGCGCUGCCUGGAGCUUCCUUCCCCAGCUCUGGGACCAGGACUAGCUCAGCGUUGCAGCCAGUGCUGCGCUCGGCGUCCCGAGGGCUGGCCAAGACGAUUCCCUCGCAUCCCGGGGGCUGCAAGCUAACCGGAAAUAGAACCGCCCCGGACCCCAGGAAACUGGCGUUCGCGGGCGAGCUUCCGCCACAUCCGCUGAGGACAGAGCGCCUCCCCCACGCCUGGACUUCCGGGUCCACGUGCGCCUCUAUGGUGUCCGCAGCCUAGAGGGACCGACCGGCACUUCCGGGAAGAUGGCGGCGCACAGAACGGGCGACGCACGUGUUCGCGCGGAGAGGGCCCCGCGGUGACGGGAUGAUAAUGGCCUCUUCUCUGGUGAGGGCCUGAGGAUAGUGACUCUUCUCUCACCAUGAGUGCCACCCCAGAGAUCAAGAGUCGUGGGAUGAAGUUUGCUGAGGAACAGCUGCUAAAGCAUGGAUGGACACAAGGCAAAGGCUUGGGCCGGAACGAGAACGGCAUCACCCAGGCCCUAAGGGUGACACUGAAGCAGGACACUCAUGGGGUGGGACAUGACCCUGCCAAGGAGUUCACGGACCACUGGUGGGAUGAGCUUUUCAACAGGACUGCAGCCAGCUUGGUUGUGGAGGCUGGGCAGACAGCCACACUGACUUCAGGUGGGGAGAAGCCAGACAAGGACUUGGAGAGCCACAGUGAUGACGACAACCAGGAGCCCAAGCCUCCAAAGAUCCUGACUGAUGAGAUGCUGCUCCAAGCCUGUGAGGGGCGCACAGCACACAGGGCUGCUCGUCAUGGAAUCACGAUGAAGGCUAAGCUUGCUCGGUUGGAGGCCCAGGAACAGGCCUUCCUGGCUCGUCUUAAAAGCCAGGACCCUGGGACCCCUCAACUGCAGUCUGAGAGUAAGCCUCUCAAAAAGAAGAAAAAGAAAAGGAAGCAGAAAGAGGAGAAAGCGGUCACAGCAACCACCAGAAGUGCAGAAGAGGAGUGCCCAGAAGAGGCUGGCCAGGCCAGAAGCAGGAAGAAGAAAAGACGGCAACAAGAAGCCCAAGAAGAAGCUGGGAUAGACGAGAGGGAGGGAGCAACCGUUGGUAAUGUGGAUGCAGAGGUGGCAGAAAGGAGCCGGCCUGCAGAGUGGGAGAGCAGAGAGCAAGCUGAUGAGCCCUGCAGGAAAAGAAAGAGGAAGGGCUCGGGGGUCUCAGAUGGAGGGGCAGGCAGCCAGGAGGCCACAGCCAGCACAGGGACAGGGCAGGCAGAGAGGUGGUGGCAGCCAGAGGAGGGAGACUGGAACAGAGAGGAAGACGAGGAAGGGGCUGCUGUGGGGGCCAGCAAAGCAGCACAUAAAGCACACCGAGAUGGGAAAAGCAGGAAAAUCAAGAAGAAAAGCCUGCAGCCCCAGGAGAAAGAGGAGGAAGUCAGGAAUGAAGGACAUGAGGAGGGCAGCAGGACUAGGGAGGCAGUGAGCAUAGUGCACACCAGCUCCAGCCACAGAGGUGAGAGGAGGUGGCAGGAAAGAGCUGGAGUCAGCCCUGACCAGACACCAAGAAAGAAGAAACAGAAAAAGAAAACCUGAAGGUCAGGUCAAGGUGGGGCUCUUCGGAUUCCUUUUCAGGAGCUAAAGCCUCAGACCUGAGUCGACACAGGUCCCCUGUACCCUUGCAGUGAAGAGGGCCCUCCCAAGGAGGAUGCUGAACUCUGGAACUCCAGCUGCUCAAAGUUGGGUGUGGACAUGGUAUUGUCUGCAGUUUCUAACCCUGACAUGGAAAACUCAGGAGCCUGGCAGUGGUAGGAUGCAGUGCUCUGGGGCUGUGGGGAUGAGCAGGCAGAUGCCCUCUGGAGGGACAUCCUUGUUUAAGACAGCUGCAAACACAGCAAGUGUAAGAUAGAAUCCGGCCCACAGGCUGCCAGCCCCAGCACUGUAGUACACAAUUCAGCAUCAGCUCCGGUUCCCAGCCUGGGAACAUCCUGAAUACAACAAAUUAGUUUCCUCGAAUGCCUCCAGAGAAAUUACUAUUUUCAUUGCCCCCAAAUGCCACAGCCACCUUCCUUGCCCAUUUUGUUCCCUCAGAGAGGUGGCACCGAAUCUCAGUGUUGCUUUCUGACUUCUGCCACCCAUUAACCAUUAUUGCCAAGAAAGUUCCCAGGACUCCACAGCUCUGGAGAGAGCCACUAAGUCUUUAUUGGGAAGAAGCCCAUUCAUCUUCCCUCACUGAAGACGGUA